CACCUAUUAUAAUUCUGACGUUUCAUCGUUUGAUUGUCAAAUUGUGUUUUGUUUUACUAUCUGUGAUGUACUCUGUAGUUCGGGGUAUUUUCCAAAAAUCCAAAUAAAUAAACUCAAACGAUGGACACCACUAAAGAAAAAGUGAUCAAACAGGAACCAGAGUUUGUAAUUUGUGGUAAUAAUGGUGGUGCGGAGAUUGCUCAGGAUCCCUUUGCCGAGAGCGGUUGCCAAAUUGAAAUCAAAGAGGAAUUCAUUGAGCCACAUUACGAAGAUUUUGAUGUAAAUGAAGUGACUGUAGUUCGCCUAACUGAUGAUGACAAAGACGUAAAAGAAUCUAAACCCACCCAUCUUGUACACGUUGAAAAUAAUUAUGUCGUUGAUGAAAUUGAUCAUGAUGAUUACGAUGAUGAUGACUUCAAUCGCGAAAACGAUUUUUUCAGCGAAUUCGAAGAUGAACCAAUACUAUCGUUGACACCAAUUACAAUGCUAAGCGAAUGUGAUGUACAACCAACGACCGAACCAUCGAAAACAAAAUGGAAAACGAAAAUUAUCAACAAAAGCAAUGAUGAAAUUCAAAAUUUGAAGCAAACGGACGAAGCAAACGAAAAAAACCACGAAACAAAAGAUAGAAGAGUAAAAAAUGUAAGAAAAGACAACGCAACGAAGUCGAACGGACAAAAAGUGAAAAAGACAUUAGAAACAAAAGAUAAAAAACCAUUGAGAUCGAAGGUGAAAAAGGCGAUUGAAUCGAAAUCGGGUGCAAAAAAGAAAGGUCGACCAAAAUCGCAGGAAGAGCAUAAAUGCCAUAUUUGUGAUAGAUCUUAUCCGUAUGCAUCAUUACUAAAGUUACACAUUCGAACGCAUAUGACUGAUAAAGGUCACAAUUGUCCCCUGUGUUCGAAAUCUUUUGCGCGCUCCGACCACUGUAAACAACACAUUAACAAUGUGCAUAAAGGGGAAGUGGUCGAUGGUGUUGUUCGAAAGCCAAGUUUUGAACGAAAGUGUGAGGUAUGCUGCAAAGUCUUUCACCAUUCAGGCAAUUUGCGAAAGCACAUGACUCUUCAUACGGGCGAACGUCCAUUUACCUGCGACGAACCAAACUGUGGCAGAACAUUUGUUUUAGCGCAACAUUUGAAAUCACAUCAAAAAUUGGUACAUUCCGAUGAGAAAUCGUUUCAAUGCGCGCAAUGCGGUAAAUUAUUCAAUCAUUCGGGAAAUUAUAAGAAGCAUAUGCGCACCCACAGCGGUGAAAGACCAUUCAAAUGUUUUUGUGGCAAGGCAUUCGCACAGACCAGCAAUUAUCAAGCACACAUGCGGGUUCAUAUGAAUGAUAAACCGUUCAAGUGCGAUGAAACCGGUUGCGACCGAUCAUUCGUGCAACAAAUCAAUUUAACGCUUCAUAAACGUGUCCAUAGCGGCGAAAAACCCUUUUCAUGUCCAACCUGUCAACGAACAUUUCGACGAAAGUCACAAUGUAUAUCACAUAGUAAAGUACACAAUAGCAUUAAGUUUAAGUGCAGCCAUUGUACACGUCAAUUCACCCAUCAAACACAUCUUCGAACGCAUGAAAAAAGUCACACCGAAGAGCCAAAGUUCAAUUGUCCCGAGUGUUCAAAAGCUUUCUUUUAUAAUCAUCAAUUGGUUGCACAUUUGCGUCUACACACGGGCGAACGGCCCUAUCUAUGCAGUUAUGAAUUCUGUGGAAUGCGAUUCACGUCGUCGUCACAGCUAAAACGACACAACAAAAUGCAACACCAACAUGACGAAUGUAUCGAGCCCGAAGAACAACCUCCACAAGUUUGUGUUGUAUGCAAUAAGCUAUUCCGCGAUAAACGGUUGCUGGCGAAUCAUAUGCGCAUCCACAGCGGUGUAAAACCGUACAAAUGUGAAUAUUGUGAAAAAAGUUUUAUCACACAGAGUGAUUGUAAAAAGCAUACACGAAUUCAUACCGGCGAGAAGCCCUAUCAAUGUGAAAUUUGCCAAAAAACCUUCACAUUUUCAAAUAGCUAUCGUAUUCAUAUGAGAAAUCAUAAUGGCGAAAAACCGUUUCUCUGCACAUUUUGUGGUAAAGCAUUUUCAUGUUCAAGCGAUCGCAGCAAACAUGUUAAAACACACUCUAAUAAGGACGCAUAAAGAUAUAAAUUUAGAGCAUCGGACACUUCUUUCAAAUAAUUAUUCAAACCAAUGCUGACACAUCAACACGUUUUCAAUAACAGCUCUGGAGUGGGGGAUAUAUAUAUAAAUAUAGGACUAAUUAUAUUCGGUUAGACAUAUACUAACUUUUGAUUAUUCUAUUAGGAGAAGAUUUUUUAUUUCGAAAUGAAAUAAACACAACGAUUUUAUUUAAAA